CAUCAAAGUAAAUUAUCGAAUGCUUGAAAAAGUUCAAAAAUAUUAAAAGUGACUCUAUUAUUCUAUACCUGAGUGCUAUUCCGACUACAGUUAAAUUUACUUGGGCCUACUGCGCAAAACAUAAAAUGCAAGUGUAAUCACAAUCUUCCUUUUUGGGAUUCGUGUUAAUAUACAUUUGUUUUUAAAAUGAAUAUUCUACCAAAAAAAAGAUGGCACGUAAGGACGAAAGAAAAUAUAGCGAGGGUUAGGAAAGAUGAAGCUGAAGCAGCUGAGAAAGAAAGACAAGAGAAGUUGCGUAUAGAAAUCGCAGAUAGAGAAGCCCGCCUUCGUGUCUUAAAACAAAAAAGUAAACAAAAGUUACAAGAUUUAGAUGUUAAAUUAUGUGAGAAUGAACCUACACCAUCGAAACCUGGCCAUAUCAAUUUAUUUGACGAUUUAGAACAUUCUGUAACUACAACUAAUAAAGAUCAUGACUUGGAAGCAAAAGAAAAAAAGGAAGAAUAUGAAAAAAAGAUUGGUUAUUUGACUUAUCUUGGGCAAGAUACCAAUGAGGUGCAAAAGAAGAAAAAUUGGUAUGAAGUGGCACCAGAAUCAUCUAGGUUUUCACGAUCCAGUGAUAUAAAGGAUACAUAUGAUAAACUUGUUUUAAAAGACCCUGAUGGCAAACCAAAGGAAAAAGAGUUAGACAUAAAAGAUGGUGAGGUAUGCUGGAAAGCCAAACAGAAAUUGGAUCCUAUGAAUGCUUUUAAAUCAUUUUGUUCACAUAAGUAUAAGACUAAUAAGGAAGGUGUAAAAGGAGUCUCUUCAAAGAUUUCAGAUAAAAAGUUAGGUAAACCUAAGAGUAAAAAUAGUAAAAGUGAAAUGAAUAAAGAAGAAAAACUAAAAAAAUUAAGAGAAGCGCGGCUAAAGAGGGAACAACAAGAGAAGUACAAAACAGAAAUGUUCUUGAAGAAACUUGGUGGAGCCGACACUCCUACUGAAGAACAGCCUAAAAUACCUAAGGUAACACCUAAAUACAAUUCCCAAUUCAACCCGGAAUUAGCAAGACAGAAUUAUAGAUAAAAUAAUACUAACA